AUGAAGACAGAGGUCGACGCCAUCCACCAACAUACCCCACAGCAACCACAAAAGCAAGAAGUUGACGAAGAGCGGAUACAAGUUGACGAGAAGCAGCAGACGAAGCUAUCGGCUUUUCAGGAAAAGAUGGCCCCUUUGAUGUUGUUUGUUGUCUCCAUGGCCCAAUUCAUCGACAUCAUGAACGGAUCGUCGAUGACGGUGGCGCUGGUCGACAUCUCCAAGGCCCUCGGGUUCGACAGCUACUCAACUCAAUGGAUCAUCUCUGCCUACGUCGUCACCUUCGGAGGAUUCCUGCUGCUGUCAGGUCGCAUUGGAGACGUGUACGGCCACCGCCGCGUCUUCCUCGCCGGUCAGAUCUGGUUCGGUGUCUGGUCCCUAGUCAUCUCCUUCUCGACCUCCCCCGCAAUGUUCUGUAUCACCCGUGCUCUCCAGGGCAUCGGCGCCGCCAUGUCUGUUCCCACCGCCCUCGGCCUCAUCACUACCACAUUCCCUGCCGGUCCUAAACGAACCCGCGCGCUUUCGGUGUUUGGAGGCUUUGGUGCUGCGGGAGCGGUUGUGGGUUUGUUGUUGGCGGGUGCGUUUAUUUCGUCCGUGGGAUGGGAGUGGAUCUUUCGGUUCUCGAGUAUAUUCUCCUUCCUUUUGUUCGUAGUUGGGUACCUGGCCAUCCCUGUGGCGCCCCCCAAGGUGGUGACGGCCAAGAUUGAUGUCGCCGGUGCCAUGACAGCAACGUCGAGUAUGAUCUGCAUCAUCUAUUAUAUCUCAACAGGCUCUGCAACCGGCUGGGCAUCUGUCCAAACCCUCCCCGUCCUCAUCGCCGGUCUCGUCCUCCUCGUAGCCUUCUUCUGGAUCGAACUCCGUCUCGUCAAGAACCCCAUCAUGCCCUUCCGAAUCUGGCGUCUCCAAAACUUUUCUUCUGCAUUCGUUGCGAUCUUGUUCCUCCAGGGACAGUUCCAGGGCUUUACGUACUUUUCUACGUUGAUUUUCCAGAAUGUGAUGGGGUAUACAUCUAUGCAGACGGCGUUGGCGUUCUUGGCGCAUAGUUUGUUUGCGGUGGUGGCGUUUACGGUGUUGGGGAAGGUGCUGCCAAAGUAUAGGUUGAAGCCGUUUAUCCUGACCGGAUUCGCGUUUCGGUGUGUGGCCGCGCUGAUGUUUGCGUUCGUGAAGAGCACAACCUCGUACUGGACGCUUCCCUUCCUAGGCCUACUGGUCCACGUCAUCGGCCUCGGCACCUCCGUUCUCCCUGCACAGAUCACAGCACUCAAGGACGCCCAGAACGAAGACCAAGGCGUCGUUGGAGCCCUGUACUCAACCGGUAUGCAACUGGGUGCCCCUCUUGGACUCGUCAUCGUCACCUUGAUCUCCGAGAACUCUGUGGCUGUGACGGUGGGGACGCCGGUGGAGGAGGUGAUGAAGAGUUAUCGGAAUGGGUUGUUCGGUGUUGUUGCACUUGGUGUUCUGGGCGCUGUGGUCACUGCGUUCAUGAUGCCCAACACUGCUCCAGCUCCACCUGCCACCCCUGCUGCUCCUAUUGCUCCUGCGGGUGAUUCGGCGGAUGCCGCUGUCGUGACGGGUGCUGCAGUUGGUGCAGGUGCCACGGUGGUUGAUUUGGACCUUGAUGAGGCUUUGGCUGAAGCUGCCGAGAAGAUGGAGAUGGUGUAA